AGCGGCAAACAGAGAGGGGGGGCACACGAUGUAAAUAAACACCAACCCAUCGAACCGCCUGUUCGCGCGCGCUCUACCGCAAAAAACCGAAAUGUUGUGCAAUCGGUUGCACAAAGCGGCAUUUGCAGCACGGCUCAGGCCACGAUUGCCGGCCUCGGUCGCGUCCUGCCGGCAAGUGCACAACUCCGAUGGAACCAUCAGCGAGAAGCGUAUCCGAAACAUCGGAAUACUGGCCCACAUCGAUGCGGGGAAGACGACGACGACGGAGCGCAUGCUGUACUAUUCCGGCCGCACCGACAUGCUGGGCGAGGUCAAGCUUGGCAAUACGGUGACGGACUUUUUGCAGCAGGAGCGCGAACGAGGCAUCACGAUAUGCAGCGCAGCGGUGAGCUUCAACUGGAAGGAGUACCGCAUCAACCUGCUCGACACACCGGGCCACAUCGAUUUUACGAUGGAGGUCGAGCAAUCGCUCGGUGCCGUGGACGGUACGGUCAUCAUCCUGGACGGGUCGGCCGGUGUGGAAGCGCAAACCGUCACCGUGUGGGGACAGGCCGAUCGGCAUCGCUUGCCUCGGUUGGUGUUUGUAAAUAAAAUGGACAAAGAAAGUGCCGACUUCGAUGCGUGCCUGGAGGAUUUGGAGAAGAAGCUGUCCACCGUACCGGUGCCACUGCAGAUGCCCAUCAAAGAGGCGGGGAAACUGGUAGGCGUAAUUGAUGUGCUGUCGGCCAGCCAAAUCAUCUGGGACAGCAAGGGCAAAGGCCGAUCGUACAAAGCCAUCCCCAUCAGUGACGAACAGCUGCACGAUCAGGUGCAGGAGAAACUGUACGAGCUGAUCGACUUGCUGUCCGGCAUGGACGACAACCUGGCGCAGGCCAUCAUUGAAGCGAAUAGUUUGGAAAACGUUAAACUGAAUCUAGUCCUGGAUGCGCUUCGUAAUUGUACACUGAAGCAGCAAAUCGUGCCCGUGCUGUUGGGAUCCUCGUACAAAAAUGUUGGAGUGCAGCUGCUAAUGGACAGUGUGUUGAAUUUCCUACCGGCACCAAGCGAACGAAACCAGAUCUAUGACUGUUUCGGGAAUGAUUUCGUGGGCAAGGUGUUUAAAGUGACGCACGACAAACAGCGUGGCCCUAUUACGAUGAUCCGCGCUUUCCGAGGAACGGUAAAGAAGGGGUCCAAGUUUAUCACUGCCACCGGAGGAUCGGAGACGAUACAGCGCAUCUAUGAGCCGCUGGCGGAUGAGUAUCGUGAGAUCGAGUCCUUCGGUGCGGGAAACAUCGGUCUCUGUGCCGGUCCAAAAUCGACCGUUACCGGUGACCUGGUGGUGGCGAACGCGGCUGCUUUGAAGAAGGCUUUAAAGCGGCUAUCCACGGCUAGCGAUGCCACCGACGAAAGCGCAGACGAUGAGCUGCUGUUAGCGUCGAAGCUAGGCCUGCAAACGACAAUCCCAGACGCGGUCUACUUUUGCUCGAUCGAACCACCCUCCUCGGGGCAACAGUCGGCGCUGGACAAUGCGUUGCGUGAGAUCCAGCGCGAGGAUCCGAGUCUGCGGGUGCGAUACGAUGAAGUGACCGGGCAAACGGUGCUGGGUGGCAUGGGCCAGCUGCAUUUAGAAAUAGUGAAAUCGCGCAUUUUGACCGAGUAUCGCAUCGAUGCCGAUCUCGGUCCGCUCCAGAUAGCCUACAAGGAAACACUGGACGAGCCGUGCCGUGGAGAGUGGAGGGCAGAGAAGGAAAUAGCCGGCAGUAGACAAUCGGUGUACAUGGAUAUGACCAUCCAUCCCAGCACUGCCAGCGAGAGCAACGAGGAGCGCAUCGUACUGGACAAUUCGGCCGAAGCGCAGGAAACACUCAAACUCGUUCGACCGAGGCAGAUGACGUUUUUCCGCAAGGGAGCACUCGCCGCUCUACAGCGCGGUCCCAAGCUGGGCGGCCAGCUGGCCAACUGUACGAUCAAGCUACACGCGCUGACGAUAGGGAAGGGAACGGCCGAUCCCUUCAUCAUGGCUGCCUCUGCCCAAUGCAUCGGCAACAUCCUGGCGAAUGCGCGCUGCCGGCUGCUGGAACCGGACAUGUUUCUCGAGAUUGUAACGCCCAGCGAAUAUCUGCCGCCGAUACUGGCCGAUUUGAGCCGACGUAGAGCGCGCAUAGAAGAUGUGGCGCCGCGUGGAUCAGCCAAUAAGGUCGUGACAGUGAUUGCGCCACUGGCCGAGCUGGGCGAUUAUUCAACGGUGCUGCGAACGAUAAGCUCCGGAACGGCAAGCGUCUCGAUGGAACCGAACGGUCAUUCGCCGCUGAACGAAUCCGACGAAGCGCAAGCGAUGAGACGAGCGUUGGGAUUAGAAUAAAACGUAACAAAUUGCA